AUGGUGGACAUCCUCCUCCCGCGGCCGCUCCCGGGCGCCAUGGGGGAGCCCUCCAAGAGGCGGCCGGGGCUGGCCCUGUGCGCGGGCUGCGGGGGCCGCAUCCAGGACCCCUUCCUGCUGCGGGUGUCGCCGGACCUGGAGUGGCACGUCGCCUGCCUCAAGUGCGCCGAGUGCGGGCAGCCCCUGGACGAGACCUGCACAUGCUUCCUGCGCGACGGCAAGGCCUACUGCAAACGGGAUUACAGCAGGCUCUUCGGCAUCAAGUGCGCCCAGUGCCGGGCGGCGUUCAGCAGCAGCGACCUGGUGAUGCGCGCCCGCGACCACGUCUAUCACCUGGAGUGCUUCCGCUGCGCCGCCUGCGGCCGCCAGCUCCUGCCCGGAGACCAGUUCUGCCUGCGGGAGCGCGACCUGCUCUGCCGCGCCGACCACGGGCCGGUCCCCGACGGCGCCGCCGCCCGCGGAGCGCGCAGCCCCGCGCUGCCGCCGGCCGCCGCUGCGCACCUCGCAGAGCCGGUGCCCGGGCGGCCGCCCGCCCCGCGGCCGCCGGCGCACAAGGCGGCCGAGAAGACCACCCGCGUGCGGACGGUGCUGAACGAGAAGCAGCUGCACACGCUGCGGACCUGCUACGCCGCCAACCCGCGCCCCGACGCCCUGAUGAAGGAGCAGCUCGUGGAAAUGACGGGGCUCAGUCCCCGCGUCAUCCGCGUCUGGUUCCAGAACAAGCGCUGCAAGGACAAGAAAAAGUCCAUCCUCAUGAAGCAGCUCCAGCAGCAGCAGCACAGCGACAAGACGAGCCUGCAGGGCCUCACGGGGACGCCGCUGGUGGCCGGCAGCCCCAUCCGCCACGAGAGCGCCGUGCAGGGCAGCGCCGUGGAGGUCCAGACCUACCAGCCGCCCUGGAAGGCGCUCAGCGAGUUCGCCCUGCAGAGCGACCUGGAGCAGCCCGCCGCCUUCCAGCAGCUGGUCUCCUUCUCCGAGUCCGGCUCCUUGGGCACAUCCUCCGGCAGCGACGUGACCUCGCUGUCGUCCCAGCUCCCCGACACCCCCAACAGCAUGGUACCCAGCCCGGCCGAGACGUGA